AUGGCGAGAGGCAUGCUCCCUGCGCUCACCAUGGUGGCUGCACUGGCGGCCAUGGCUCUAACGACGAGCACGCCAACAACGAGCACGCCGACGGUGAGCAUGCCGGCGGCGGACAAAAUCUACGUCAGCUCGGAGAAUUUUGCUUCAGAUGAGAGCAUGCGUGACCUGUAUGAGCGCUGGUACGCGCUCUACAGGCGCGACAGCGAACCCAGCGACAAGGAGAAGCGGUUCGCCAUCUUCAAGGAGGAGGCGCGCGCUGUGUACGAGCUGAAUGAUGGCGACACAGAUGUGAAACGUCAUCUAAACUUAUUCGCGGACAUGACCCUAGCUGAGUACGCCAAAUCGUUCGCCAACUGCUCCCCCCUCAAGAUCCGACCCCGCGACAAUAUCAAGCUCAAACUUCACCAGCCCAGCCAGUACUACCCUGACAACCUGCCACUCAACUUCGACUGGCGGACCGUGGACGGCGUUCUCACCAGCGUGAAGACCCAGGGGGAAUGCAGAAGCUGUUGGGCUUUUGCUGCCGCUGGAGCGAUGGAGAGCAUCCAUUUCAUCACUAACAAUAAGCGCACCAACCUCUCCGUUCAGGAACUAGUUGACUGCACCUACAAGGACAACGGUUGCGACGGCGGCUCGGCUUAUGAGGCCUUCCAAUACGUCAUCAACAAGCACGGCAUUCAUUCCUCGGAGCAGUACCCGUAUGUGGGAAAUGGGUCGCACUGCACCACUCCCUUAGGAUUACCCGUCAUGUCCAUCAGGAGAUAUUACUACGUGACUCAUGGUAGCGAGAAGAUGCUCAUGGACGCGGUGCACAAGGCACCCGUCGUGAUUACUUUUAUGGGAGUCAACACCACUGAGUUCAAGCAUUACAGUGGUGGCAUCUUUAGAGGGCCCUGUAACCAUAGGGAAAGCCACCAAGCCCUGCUCGUGGGCUAUGGCACGAUGCCCCGUGACGAUGCCAACCAUCGCGGCAUCAAGUAUUGGGUGGUGAAGAACUCGUGGGGGGAGUCAUGGGGAGAGAGGGGCUACAUGCGCAUCGAGCGCGGUCAUCAGGCUGACGGCGGCCUCUGCGGCAUUAUGCUCUGGCCCGGAUUGUACCCAGCACAUCCGGAAUAG